AUGUCACAGUGGCAAAAGCAGUCAUCCUCCGUACAGAAAUCAUCGGAUGAGCAAACUGACCAGCAACUGAAAACAUCUAAUGAGGAAACGGAACUGUGCACUGAUCAAGCAACAAAUUUAAAACAAACUAAAAGUGGAGAUUCCCGAGAAAUGGUGGCAGCAAGGGUAUCACUUUCACCACUGGUAAGCAGCAAUAGUGGAGUGAAUGAGGCAAGGAAAUUAACAUUGAAUGUUCCGAAAACACGUGGAGAAACAUCAUAUCGAAGACGUCUGACAUACCGUAGAUCCAAACAACGAGGAUCAUCGGUGUACAAUGCGGGAAUAAAUGGCGCGAGUUUUGGGUCGCAAAGGAGAAAUCAAGAACAAACCGCAAAAGCAUAUAAUCAGAAAAAUAUUACAUCAAGAAUGUGUCAGAAGGAAUUAGUUGAGAUAAAUCAGCAGCGGCAGCACCAACAACAACAGCAGAUUCAUAUGCCUAAGACUAAAUCUCAAUCACGGACUAAGACGAACACUGCACAAGGCAGCAUGCCUAUAGUUUCUGGUCAACAACGGUCAUUUCUUCCUCCUGCUACUUUCCCUAAUGUACCAAUGGAUAGAGCACCAGAAAUAAUGCGUCAUGUAACUGCAGAAUCCUUACGAAGUGUCCCUCAUAAUCCACAACAAGUAGUCAACCCUGGCUUUCCUCCAACUGCACUCCCUCCCACUUUCACGGCGCAACCAAAUCUCAUAGGAGGAUUACUGCCACGACCACCAUGUGUUGGAGUUUUUCCGCCAAGAGCGUGUUCGCCGUCUUUUGCACCACUUUUUCGCGUACCAUCGCCAGUUGGAUUCUAUACAGCAACAAAUCGUCCUAUCUUACCUCCUCCAUUAUAUCCCCAACCUCCACCCUUAACUUCCCCAGUAUCAGCACUUAUGCCAACAUUACUGCAGAAUCCAUCUGUAACUACUGCACUCCCAACACCACCGUUUCUUCCAGCUCCGUCGGCAAUGCGAAUGGCAAAUACCCCAUACCGUCCUAUGCCAAGACCUCCACUUACAUUCAUCCCCACGCAACCAACUGUUCCACAAGCUAUGCCUCCUGCAAGACUGCAUCGACCUCCAUUUGCACAGUAUCCUUCUUCUGUACCGGCACAACCCACUUUACCAAACUUGUACCAGCCAGCAGUUGUACCUCACGUCAAUCUGCUAAAUACAGCAACUAUGAGAGGGCAAACUCCAUCUCACCAUGAUAACUUGCGUGCAAAAGCUGAACAUCCUCUGUCCUCAAGCUUUUCUCAAACUGCACGUGAAAAUAUUACGCGAGAAAUGCUGAGAAACGCUGCUCCAUCAUUUGCACAUGUACAACCAUCAUCACAGCAAGUUCCAUCUCGUUCAACUUUGAAUUCAAAUGCUGUCUUGUCAAUCAGCAGUGCUACUACUGCUGCUACUGCCACUACAUCUAGCCAGCAGUAUGCUACUUCAAAAGUUACCCAACCAAAUUUGCAUAAGAUCAGUCCUAUAUCGACUGUUUCUAAUGCUGUCACCGCUACUUUGCCGACUCACAACAUCAGCACCAAUUCUCAGUUCACUUCACAGCUUUCUGAACUACCGCAACAGGGAGGAGUAGAACGUGAUUGGUUGCAACGACCAUAUCACUUGUCGACAAACGAUGAUAGUCAUCGACAGGGGGAUUCCGAUGGCACUAAAUCAUCUAAUGAAGUGGUCGAAUUUGUUCCACAAUUUAGCUUGCCGAUCGUACAGUUGUUUGGAGGCUUAUUUGUACAUAGUUACGAUGAGGUUUCAUAUUGUUCAUCGAUUUAA